UGAGUGGCAAGUUUGCAACUCAAGGAACAACAGUGAAAAUAAUAGAAUAGAGGAGAUGCAGAGUGAGAUUACAAUUGGUAGAUAGCAUUGCGGUGUGUGUGUGUGUUAUCUUUCUCCCUUGUUCUGUCUCUCAGCCCCAUUCAAACCAGGAACCAGACAAAGGACCCGAAGCUUCCCCGCUGCCGGUGCCGGCAUUGGGAGGGACCGGGGACCCCAUGGCAGGGAACUUUGCUCCUCUCCCGGUCACUUCUCUCUUUUUACUUGACACAUCGCGGACAUUUUUGGACAUUUGACUGCGGCAAAUCCAGAGAGGGAAACAUUGUGUCCGAUUGAUUGUGUUUGGAAAUAUUGUUGCAAAAAUAAGUUUUGGGGGAGGUUCGGAGUCACCUGCGGGCGGGAAUGUACACACAUGCAAAUGGGAUGGUGAUGAAUGGACCAGUCUUGUUUGAAGCUGAGAUGGCAAACUGGGAGAGAGGGUGUUCGCCUCGUAAUCGAAUGGAGGCAUCGUGCCUUGAGCUCGCCCUUGAAGGGGAACGACUGUGCAAAGCUGGAGAUUUCAAGGCUGGAGUGGCAUUCUUUGAAGCGGCUGUGCAGGUUGGGACAGAGGACUUGAAGACUUUGAGCGCCAUCUACAGUCAACUGGGCAAUGCCUACUUUUACCUGAAGGAGUAUUCCAAAGCUCUGGAAUACCAUAAGCAUGAUCUAACCCUGGCCAGGACCAUUGGGGAUCGGAUUGGUGAAGCAAAAGCCAGUGGCAACCUAGGAAAUACGUUGAAAGUGCUUGGAAGUUUUGACGAAGCAAUUGCUUGUUGUCAAAGGCACUUGGACAUCUCGAGAGAACAGAAGGAUAAGGUUGGUGAAGCGCGAGCACAGUACAAUAUUGGGAACGUUUUCCAUGCCAAAGGGAAACAGCUGUCCUGGCUCGUGACCCAUGACUCUGGAGAUUUGCCCGAUGAAGUAAAGGAAACUUUAGAGAAGGCCACGGAAUACUAUGAGAUGAAUCUUAAAAUUGUUAAAGAAUUAGGCGAUCGGGCAGCUCAAGGCCGAGCAUAUGGUAACCUAGGUAACACGCAUUACCUUUUAGGAAACUAUAAUGACGCCAUUGCAUUUCACAAAGAGCGUCUAUCAAUAGCGAAAGAAUUUGGGGAUAAAGCAGCUGAGAGAAGAGCCUACAGCAAUCUUGGAAAUGCGCACAUAUUCCUGGGAAAAUUUGACGUGGCUGCUGAAUAUUACAAAAAAACACUUCAGAUAUCCAGGCAGCUAAAGGACCAAGCGGUUGAAGCUCAAGCUUGUUACAGCCUUGGUAACACUUACACGCUGCUGCAGGACUACGAAAAAGCUAUUGACUACCACCUCAAACAUCUAUCCAUUGCCCAGGAACUCAAUGACAGGGUUGGCGAAGGGAGAGCCUGCUGGAGUCUGGGAAAUGCGUACGUGUCACUUGGAAGCCAUGAACAAGGACUGCACUUUGCUUUACGACAUCUAGAAAUCUCCAGAGAGAUUGAAAGAGGGUCACAUUUAAAUUGGAGAGAGAAGAUCGGUGAUCGGAAUGGUGAACUCACAGCCCAUCUGAAUGUGACACAGCUGCAGUCAGGGCUCGGCAUGAGCGACAGGCAGCCUGCUGCUCAUCACACCGACUAUGAGGCACAAGGUGCACGACCAAGAAUAGUGGUUCAAUACAGCAUGGAGAACAUGAAUGUGGUAAAGUUUUCUCCAGAGAAGGACCAAAAUGGAGAUGUCGCAGGUGAGCACCAUUCCACUGAUCUCAAGAACACAUCAAAACUGCCUCGAGUCGGGCAACUAAGAAACAAGAAGUACCAGGAGAGCACACCGAGCUCAGAAGACAAGCAACAAGGUGCUAAUGCAUCGUUACCAUUGGUGGACACCAGCGAUGUCAGAAUCCAAGUGGCUCAAAUGAAGGUAAACCGGGAUCCUUCAGAUGAAGAAUGCUUCUUUGAUCUACUGAGCCGUUUCCAAAGUAAUCGUAUGGAUGAUCAGCGUUGUACAUUCGAAGAACGUCAAAAUGGCACGACAGGGAGUGCAUCGACCCCUGUGUCUCCUCUGCAGGACAGAAUAUCUCAGGCUUCACUCAUUGCAUCACCGCAGACGGAAGAGUUUUUCGACUUGAUAGCAAGCUCUCAGAGCCGGAGGUUAGAUGACCAGCGAGCCAAUGUGGGCAACUUGCCUGGACUGAGGAUCACACACAACAACAGCCAGGUGGUGAUGGGGCAUCUGCGGCCUGAUGGAGAUCCUCAGGAGCCUGGAGAUGAGUUUUUCAACAUGUUAAUGAAAUGUCAGUCAUCCAGGAUCGACGAUCAGAGAUGUGCCCCUCCCAGCCCAGGACCGAGAGGACCCACUGUCCCCGAUGAGGACUUCUUUAGCCUGAUCCAGCGGGUGCAGGCCAAGCGCAUGGAUGAGCAGCGAGUUGAUCUUCCGUCGAACCGUGAAGGGCUGGAACAGACCAGGCCAGGCUCCAGCUGAGCAGUGCUUCGCCAACAGACUUGUAAACCAGCUGGACUAACGGUGCGGAUCAGUGCCCCUUAAAACAACGUGAGCGGCAGCCCAGUCCAAAACCUGUCCAGAUUGCCCCUUGAGAGACCAGCGCACGAAUCUAGAUGCCCACGCAGCUUCAAGAGAGCUGCCAAGGAGGUGAUUUUGUUUUUCUCUAAACUAAAACCCCCUCACACUCGACACACCGAUAGCAACAUUUGUGUUUCUUUUCACAUGGUACGAGAAUCGUCUCUCUAUGGGAGAUGGAAGUAUACAAGCACAGUCUGGUCAUUGUUCAAAGUCAUCGCAUUAAAUGAAUGUAAAACUGCUGGUACUAUAGAAAAUAUGCGUCUAUAGUCACACACACUGAUACCCCAUUUACAUAUACACAGAUCAAACAUAUAUGUAUAGACAAACGUGUUACAGGUAAGAUCACACAUAAACACUAGAAACAAUUAGAAAUUAAUUUCCUUUGACUAUUCACAGUGCAAUCUUGAGUGAACAUGUCUACUGUCAUUGGAAGGGUCUGGUUGCCAUUAGUUUCUCUGUUUAAGAGAUUUAAUAUUUAAAUUUAUGAAUAAAGUUAAGAUCAAACAUUGUAGAGAUAUUUUGGGGACAAGUGCAGCCCUUUACAACUCCUGGAUUGUGUGUGAUAUCUAACGCCAGUGGUGCUGGGGUACUAUCUCCUACUCUUAGCAAAAGGCCAAAAUACAGAUUAUGUACAUAGGGUUAUGCAGGUUGACAUAUGCAGCCAUAUUUCAUCUAGAUCAAUCCCAAAAGACAUGGACAGCUGGAAUAAUUUGGAUGUCUGGCCAGUUCCAUUCAGAAACAGGAGGUUGCCUGUUCAUUGAUGGUACUGCAGAGCCCUGGGAUUACAACAGUGGGUUUUUUAAAUUAAAAGGAGCAUUAUGUUAACUGAAGGUUUCUACAUGUGAUGAAGUAGGAAAUAAAUAACAACAAAAUACUAAUGGAAAUGAACAUCAGUAGCCUUGAAAUUAUGCAGUGGGAUGCUGGUGUGCAACUGCUUAAUGAUUUCAUAUGGAAUUCCUUCCUCUGUUGUUGUAAUGGAGGUAUUUUAAAAAUAAAGAGGCUAUGGCAAAGUUGAAAUAGUGGACUAAGGAGCUUAAUGUGGACAUAUUGACAGUCCAAACAGAGGCUGCAGUUCACAGCCAAUGUGUACACCUUAAAUGUUAAACAUAGCCAAACAAACUUGAAAUGUAACAUUUGGCAUUUAUUGCUUAAUGUAUAUUUCUUUUACAUUUAUACACAAAGCUGUUUUUUGUUUGAGAAUGUGAAUGUAAUUAAGAUCAAGGGAAGUACUCUAAUGAUAUCCUCCAGUUCUUGCUUGCUAUUUAAGCAAGGUGACUCCCUGCAAUUUUCCAAAAACAUGCCCCUUAUUUUGAGAGAGAGAGAAAAUUGAAGUGAUGAAUCUGUGGCCUGUACAGUUAUACAUGCUAUUAUUUUUCAGGCAGUUUUCCAACUCCUUUCUCCAAAACUUAAUGUCUUUCUUUAUUCUAAAGACAAUGUCUUCCUGUUUUAUGACUUUCAUAAGACACCACCAUUUCCCUAUGUUUUUUAUUCAUCCACGGGGCCAGCAUUUUUUGUCCACGCCUGGUUGCCCUUGAGAAGGUGGUGGUGAGCUGCCGCCUUGUGCUUGUGGUGCAGGUACACCCACAGUGCUGUUAGGGAGUUCCAGGA